AUGGCUUUGAUAAGAUCAAUUGUGGCAUUACUUGCCCUUCAAUUAGCUAGCGCAGCACCCCAAGCCUCAGUGACCUCAUCUGCUGUCAGUUCUCCUAGCCCAACCGGGCUGGAUCCGGCAGUCUUACUCUCUACAGAGGAAGUCGAGGAGCUCUACAGCCUCCAUGAAGAGCUUGUCAACAUCCCAUCCAUCUCUGGAGACGAAAUCGAAUGUGCGGAUUUUGUAUCAAAGUAUUUAACCAACUUGGGCUACUUUGUCGAUAAAGUACCAGUCAAUGAAACAGGCACAUACAAUGUCUUUGCCUAUCCCCAAGCGUUGAAGGACGAGGGAGUAUGGCCGGAGGUUCUCAUCACUAGUCAUAUUGAUACUGUACCACCAUUUUAUCCAUUUGAACGCCGUGAGAGGAAUGGCACAACCUACCAUUUUGGCCGAGGAACCGUCGACGCCAAAGGACCAGUCGCAACCAUGAUCAUCGCAUCCCACAAAUUCCUUCAGUCCCGGAAUGAAACAACUAGCUUAGGCAUGCUAUUCGUCGUUAGCGAAGAAAACUCCGGUGCAGGAAUGAGAGCAUUCGCAAAAUACGCAUCUAACACGACCUUCCGAGCCGGCAUCUUCGGCGAACCAACCGAAGGCAAGCUUGCAAGCGGCCACAAAGGCAGUUUCGGCAUCACUCUCAAAGCCAUCGGCAGGGCGUCUCAUUCCGCAUACCCGUGGCUCGGUGUAAGCGCCAUCAACUACGUCGUCGACGCCAUCUCCGCACUAAGGGCUUUGGAACCCGCUCUCCCCAAGAGCGAACUUUUGGGUGCUUCAACACUCAACACGGGUCUCAUCGCUGGUGGUGUCGCCAGCAACGUCGUGCCUCCCAACGCCAACGCAAGCGUCUUAGUCCGUGUUGCACGCAGCGAAGACAAUGCUGUCGACACUAUCAAAGAUAUGGUUUCCGGUCUGUUUGCUCCGCUCGUCAGCAGCGCCAAGGAAGUCAAUGCCACGUUCGAAUACACAUAUUCUACCCUGUCGACGAGAGCGCAGAUUCUGGAUACGGAUAUCGAGGGCUUGGAGGUUGCGCCGGUGUUUUACGGGACUGAUAUUCCGAAUUUGCCGCAGGUGGAGAAGAGGUAUUUGUAUGGGACGGGUACGAUUGAGGUGGCGCAUACGCCGGAUGAGAUGUUGAGUCAGGAGGAGUUGGUGCAGGCUGCGGAGGCGUAUGGAGCGAUUCUGAGGACGAUUUUUGCGUAG